CUAAUAAUAACAUCCUCUUGCUCAAAUUAAACACUAGCAUAUACAUAUAGAUACAUAUAUAAGGAGGCCGUCGUCAUCCAUGGCCGGCGGCGGAAGCUCCGGCGACCGCUCCCUCGAGGAAACCUCCACUUGGGCCGUUGCCAUUGUCUGCGCUAUUCUUGUCGUCAUUUCCGUCGCCAUCGAGAAUGGAAUCCAAUCCCUCGGAAGGUGGUUUCAAAAGCGUGAGAAGAAGGCAAUGAUCGAAGCCCUUGAGAAGAUCAAAGCAGAAUUAAUGUUGUUGGGCUUCAUAUCACUACUUCUCACCGUCGGGACAUCAUACAUUGCCAAAAUAUGUGUGUCCGAAGAGCUUGGGAACAAAUGGCUACCGUGCGAAAAACACAAAAAUAAAGAGUCGGGCGAUAAGAAAAGCACUAGCCGUGUGUUGGCCGGAGCCGAUCAAUAUGACUAUUGCACUAUUCAAGGAAAAGUAUCACUGAUAUCUUACUCGGGCGUUCAUCAGUUGCACAUCUUCAUAUUUGUAUUGGCAGCCUUGCACGUGCUGUACAGUGUUCUUCUCAUGGCUUUAGGUCAUGCCAAAAUGAAGAAGUGGAAGGCAUGGGAAUCAGAAACAUCCUCCUUGGAAUAUCAAUUCACAAAUGAUCCAGCAAGGUUUAGAUUUACACACCAAACCUCCUUUGUAAGGCGUCAUGCAGCAGCCUAUAGAUUUCCUGGCUUCAAAUGGAUUGUCGCAUUUUUCAGACAGUUUUUUGGAUCGAUAUCUAAGGUUGAUUAUAUGACCAUUCGCCGUGGCUUUAUCAAUGCACAUUUUGCACCGAAUUCAAAAUUCGAUUUUCAUAAAUACAUAAAAAGAUCGAUGCAAGACGACUACAAAUCCGUACUAGGAAUAAGUAUUCCUUUGUGGCUGUUUGCUAUAAUGUUUUUAUUCCUCAACAUAUACAAAUGGCAUACACUUACUUGGAUUUCACUCGUUCCACUUUUGGUACUUGUAAUUGUGGGGACGAAACUCGAACUUGUGAUCAUGGAAAUGGCACAACAGAUUCAAGAUCGGACAACCGUUGUUAGCGGGGCUCCGGUGGUGGAGCCGAGCAAUAGCUUCUUUUGGUUUAAUAAACCGCAGUGGAUUCUAUUUCUCAUACACUUUACUCUGUUUCAAAAUGCAUUUCAAAUGGCAUAUUUCUUAUGGAAAUGGUAUGAGUUUGGAAUAACAACCUGCUUCCACGAGAAACUUUUCGCAAUUUUAAUAAGAAUCUUUCUCGGCGUCGCUCUCCAAAUAUUGUGCAGCUACAAUACAUAUCCAUUAUAUACUUUGGUAACGCAGAUGGGUUCAAAUAUGAAGAAAUCAAUAUUCGAAGAACAAACCGCAAAAGCUCUGAGAAAAUGGCAUCAAACGGCAAAACAAAGGAAAAAAACACAAAAAGCCGGAGAUAAUUCACGAGGAAUCGACGCUUCAAAUGCUUCGUAUAUGAGUGGAGAGACUACGCCAUCUCAAGGCUUUUCUCCGAUUCAUCUCCUUCAUAAAUACCGAACAAGAGCAACAGAUAGCGAAAGUUUGCCCGCGUCUCCGAAAUCGUAUAUUUCAGACACCGAAUUGUCAGAUCUCGAAGCCUCGAAUCACGGCAAACGAGAAACGACGAUUAUGUCGAACGAAGAAGAGAAAGAGAAUGAUCAUCCGUAUACUACUAAUUUUUCAUUUAAAAAUUCUGUAAAUAAUUUAUAA